AAUUAUACAUGUUUACCACGUCAACAAUGUGGUCCAUCAUCGAUACAGGUUGGAGCAGUUGUUGCUGGUAAUGCUAAUGGUGCGCAAGGAAGUUCUUUAACUACACUUUACUAUCCAGCAGGAAUUACAAUUGGAAUUGACAACUCACUUUAUGUAUCCGACUCUUACAAUAGCAGAGUCUUGAGAUUUCCAGCAGGAUCUUUAACGGGUUCACUCGUCGCUGGAACAGGAUCUCCAGGCGCUAGUAACAACCAAUUAUAUGGGCCUUCAGGUUUAUAUAUUGAUACGUCGUUUAAUCUCUAUGUGGCAGAUACUUAUAAUUAUCGAAUAAUGCUUUGGCAAAAUAACUCGUCGUUUGGUGUUCGAGUGGCCGGAACUGGUUUGUCUGGAAAUACGUUAAGCAGUUUCGGUCUUGUAGGUGGAAUAUUUGUUGAUUCACAAAAAAAUAUUUAUGUUUGUGAUCAAGCUAAUAAUCGCAUAAUGAGAUUCUCACCUAAUACCACGUUUGCCACAAUUAUCGGUGGUACCGGUGUUGCUGGUAAUGAUGAUCAACAGCUCAAUUCACCAACUAGUCUAUUCUUUGAUGAGCCCAAUUUCUAUCUUUAUGUUUCUGAUACUAACAAUCAUCGAAUUCAACGAUAUCAUGUUGGUGUUUCGUUAAACGGAACUACCGUUGCUGGAGGAAAUGGUCAAGGACCUGGAAGUAAUCAGUUGAAUAUGCCAUAUUCAUUAUGCGUCUCAACAAUCAAUAGUUAUAUUUAUAUUACAGAUGGUGGAAACCAUCGUGUGCAACGCUGGAGUUUUGGAGCAUCAUAUGGAGUGACCAUUGUCGGCAAUGGUGCAAUAAUAAGAAAUGAUUCAACAUUGAUACAAGGAAAUAUGACUAUUAGACUAAACAAUAAUGAAAAUAAUCUAUUUGUAAGUGAAAUGACGGAAAAUAGAGUUUGGCGUUUCCAACUCAUUUAA